UCUGUAAGCGGCCCGUUAAUUCUGCUGGCAAAUGUUUUUGUAGUGGUAUUUUUAUUGACAAGUAACAAUUUGACAUAUUUGUGUAAACUUUACCAAAAACCGUAAAAAAAUGUUUAAUGUCUCAAACAUAUACUUAAACACAUAGACUAGUAUCCCAAAAUGAAACUGGGCACAAGAUCAUAAUAUGGAAUUGAAAGUUUGGGUUGAAGGAAUUCAACGUAUCGUUUGCGGAGUAUCGGAGUCCACCACAUGUCAGGAUGUAGUUUUUGCGUUGGCCCAUGCGACUGGCAAAUCGGGCAGGUUCACGCUCAUCGAAAGGUGGCGGAACAACGAGCGACAACUCGCCCCCAAUGAAAACCCCAUGAAGAUUUUGAUGAAGUGGGGCGAAUAUUCGAGCGAUGUCCAGUUCAUUUUACAAUACAGUGACAGCAACAAGAACAUGGUGACUCAGAAACCAAAGUCAAAUAGCAGCACACCAACUCACUCAGUCACCUCACACAGUGCAGGCACCGAUUCACCUGAGAGAAUGAGAGAGCUGCAGAAAACACAAAUGUACAGUAUGACCCACCUCGGCCACUUGGCGAGUCCAGACAACAUAGGGGUGGUGAAGGGGGUGCAACAGGUGCGACCGUCGCCCCUGGAAGUGCGCGAGUGUCGCAACUCGCCGCACUCGUCACCCAAGAAAGGGGAUCAUCCGGACACCGGACCGCCCUCUCGUAUAGCCCCCCCGUACAAAGACCCUCCCCAACCUCCGCCAUACAGAGACCCACCCCCGCCGACCGCCUCUAACCAUCACGAAAAAUACAAACGCAACAUUCUUCAGGAAAAUAUUAAGCCGUUGGUGAACCACGCGAAGAGUAUGUCGCAGGACAGCGUCGAUUACAGGGGCAAGACGCAGGAAAACGUUUUGUACAACGCUCAGUACAGAGAACUGAUCGCCCUCAUCAACUACCAAAGAGAGAAGCUCUCAAAUCAACAGGCUGACUUAACUAAAUACGACGCAGAAAUCGUGUUUUGGGAAGGCAAAGAACGCGAGAAACAAAUGCAGUUGGACUAUCUGGCACAGGAAAUACUGUCUGUGUCAAAUGAAAGCAAAACCAAUCAGGAUCAGAUUCAGGCUUUGAAUUACAUAGAAGAGGAGAGCGAAAUUGUGAAACAACAGGAGAAAACGCUCAAGUCGGAAAUAACCUUGUUACGUUCCAAACUGGCUAACUGCGAGACGGAACUGUUGCAGUGCAAAAAUAAAAUAAGGUUGGUUAUGGACGAGCUGCAGAUGGAACAACGGGCGCAGUGCCGGAGAAGCGAAUCAAGAAAGCAGUUGGAACGUAGCCUUUUGGCGGAAGUGGAGCGACUGCAGAAGGACAUCGAAUUGGCGAAACAGAGCACCGAACUGCACCACUUGACCGCCGAGACGUUGAAGAAAGAGGUGGCCGCGUUGGAAACGGCCAUUAUUGAGAAGAAGAAACAGGUGGAGCACCUCGUGUCCGAGAUGAAGGAGGCCAACUUGGAGUCGCUGAGCAUCGCACCGCCCGAAGACGUACGACAAAUCCUGGAGGGUCCGACCAAGGCAGGCACGACACGGAAGAUGAUCGGGUCGCCGAGGCAGUUGGAGAACGCGGUGCCGACCAAUAAGAACCCGCACGGCGUUUGGGUCUGACUUACACGCGUUUCUUAGGAUGUCAUGUAGAUGCUAGUUUAACUAGAAUUAGUUUACGUGCCGUUAUAUUAUGAUCUGUAGAUUGAAAUUAUUGAGUUAUUUUUAGUAUUAGCACGUUUGGUCGGGUAAAAUGGAUCACUUUGUUGUUGAUUUGGAUUAUCUGGCUUGAUUAAUGUUGUGAUAUAACUUGUACUCAAUGUUUUAACCACCUUGCAGUAGGUAAAGUUAGAAUAAGAUUUAUCUGUUUUCAAGUCUGAUAUGAUAGUUUAUAAAAUUCGCCAUUGUUAGAGUUUAAGAGAAUUGUAUAAUAGAAUUGUUGCAGAGAUUUAAAAUAUUCUUUGGACAAUGCCUUAAAACCGCAUGAUUAUUUAUGUUAUUUAUUUGUUAAGGGGUUUGAAUGGGAAUUGAAUAUAUCUGAAAAUUUUGUUAUAUGUACUUAAAUAUGUUUUUCUAGAUUUUAUUUUUAUUUAUGCACAUUUUUUAUUACUUUUUUUUACAUUACACUGCCAUAAUUUAUAUUCAUGAGUUUAAUAAAUGUACAUCACAUCUUCAA